AUGCCCUACACACCACCAUCGCAGCAGUCGCCUGCUUCGUCGCGCACGACGAGCCCUUCGGUCAGCCGUACUUCAUCCUAUCACGAGGAACUUCCCCGAUCGUCCAUGGCUCGACAGUCAUUACCCAGAUCGAUGAGCUCCGCAUCAUAUCUUCACAAGCAUCGUCGAUCGCCUUCACUACCCAACAACGAGGCGUCCGCCACCCCGAGCAACGAUGCUCAGCCCGACAGCGACAUCUCCGACUUCAACAAGAGCCGCAGCGUCAAACAGUCGCCACCGCCGCUUAAUAACCUGCGGAUCCCGACUGGCGCUGUGAUCUCACCGCCUGACUCCUCGGAAAACUCUGACGGCGACGAGAACUCGGCAGGGGCAGAGCGUGGACGCGAAUUGGAAAAGAACUGGCAACAACUGCAGAUCGCCGUGCGAUCACUGCCGCAACCACGGGAUGGCUCGCCAGAAAAGACGCCAACUACCGAGCUUGAGGUCCCACCUCAAUCUGCGUCAGAGCCAGUUACCCAAUUGACCUCACCCACUGCACUGUCACAAGAAGCCCGCAAGAUCUCACACUCACGAUCAGCAACAGAGACCAAGAUUUUGCUCAAGGCCCCAACCUUUGCCGACUCACCGAACGGAUCCUCCGAUGACAGCGAGGAAGAUGAUGAUCACCUUGCCAAGCCUGCUUUGGUACGCAAGAAGUCUGGAGAGCUUGUGAAGCCGGCUUUGCGAGCGUCGUCCCGGCGGCGUUAUUCGAGCAUGCCGGGUACGCCGACAUACUCGAAAUCUGUACACUUCAACGACAACGACAAUCAGACUCGUCACUUUUUACAAGUCGACAAGCCCAUCGCUGUAAGCACCGGAACAUCCCCUGUCGAGACAUAUGACAGCGAGACCGAGUUUCCAUUCGACAGUGACGCGAAGGCUGAGCUUCAAAUUCGGAUCGCUAGUCUGCCAGAAGAAACUUUCGAGCGUCGAGCUCUGCCAAUUCGUGUCGAGCGAUUGGUGUUGUCUCAAGACAAAGAUACCUUGAUCGGCACGUGUGCUGUGCAAAACAUCUCCUUUCAAAAGUUGGUCGUGGCUCGCUUCACACUUGACUAUUGGAAGACCACUUCAGAAGUUGUCGCAGAAUACAACAAUGCUUCCCACAAUGACGGAUGUGAUCGCUUCAGCUUCUACAUCCGGUUGGCAGACCAAGCCAACAUCGCUAGCAAGACCAUGCUGCUUUGCGUACGGUACAAUGUUGGCGGCCAGGAGUUCUGGGACAACAAUUACAAUUGCAACUACCAGAUCGACUUCAGCGAGUCUAAGCCUAUCAAGUCGCGUCCGGUCAAGUCAUCAACGCAAUCCAAACCCGUUGUUCAGUCACCGAAGUCAGCUCCGCCCCGCAGCCGACAUACCUCACCUUUGCCGCGUAGCAAGUCACAUGAUUCCAUCGACGAUGACUUCAUUUCCCGUAUCGACAAGGAUGCCUACGACUUUGGAGUCUCGGAUAAGUACUUGGGCGAGUCACCAACGUCCAUCAGAUUGAAGCCGAGACCUAAGCGCUCUCCUAUGUUCUCACUCGGAGCUCCGACCUCGCCAAACAACGCCCUUGGAAGUCGUUAUGACUUUGGAACAUCCCUGUCCGCCGCUCUCUCCAGUGCGCAGGACAAGCUCGGCCGCCAAAGCGGACUCAUGGGUGGUGCCAUGGGCAAUCCUGCGGCGGCUCCGAGCACCGUGAGACAGACAACCAAUGGCAGCUACUUCGGCGUAUUCGACCGCAAGGAGCCCGCCAAGCAAGUCAAGCCAGAAAGGCCUGACAACCUGACCACUGAUCGACCCGCCAUCGGAUCCGACCAAUACAAGGACCUGGUUCAAAAGUUCUGCUACGUAGGUUCCAAUCGCAGCCCCAACAUGGCUCCAUUCACGCCAGGCACUGGUAAAGCAGCAACUUCGCCUCAACCUCGAAUCCCUCAGUCGUUGCGUCCGCAGAAUAUCAUUAUUCCAUCCCGGACUGCCGAUGGCACCAGCGAGAUGGACUCAACGUCAACCUCGACUUGGUCGUCCGCGGCCUGCUCACCCAUAGUUCUAACUCAGCUGGACGGGGUGAACGAGCAGCGAGAAUCAAGAACGCUGAAUGCGUUGUCCUCUCUCCCUGCUUACUCUGGUACUAUGAAGACUCAAAGUAUGCGAUCGGCCUCUCCUGUCAGUUUUCGCUUUCCGUACCAGAGUCAUCGCGAUGGAUAUCUAUCAGAAACAUCGACGCCGACCGCCAUUCAAGGAUGA